UGGAAGCGAUCCAACUCGGAAGUGAAUAUAGCACAAAGUAUUGGCAAAAAUGAAAGUGUUCGCGGCGGUUUUUCUUUGCGUUCUGAGUGCCCUCGAGGCCAAAGCCCAGUAUUCGCGAUGCCUGAAUCCCAACCAGCGGCCUGGACUCUGUGUGCACAUCAACGAGUGCCAGACUCUGUACUCGGUGCUCAACCAGGCCAGGCUGACCGACCUGGAGAAGAAGUUCAUCAAGUCCUCGGCCUGCGGAAUGGGCGUGGACAACCGGCCCUUUGUGUGCUGCACCCAGGACACGGGUUACCAGAGGAACCAGCGGCAGACUCCUCCCUUCGCGGACUACGACGGCUUCGGCGGAGAUUGGGAGGAGGAGCGGCCGAGCAGCUUCGCCUUUCCCAGGCAGGAGAGUCGUCCCUGGAGCUUCGGCGACCAGCGGGCCAGCGACAGGACCUCUGUCCAGAGAGCUUCCACGGCUGAUGGCUCCAACUUGCUUCCCCAGCCGCCCACCUGCGGGGGCGUGGCCAUCAGGAACCGGAUCUACGACGGCGUGGACACCGACCUCAACGAGUUUCCCUGGAUGGUGCUGCUGGAGUACCGCAACCGGAGGGGGGGCUUGUCCACCAGCUGUGCGGGGUCCCUCAUCAACCAGCGAUACGUGCUCACGGCUGCCCACUGUCUAACCGGAAGGAUCGAGCGGGAUAUCGGAUCUCUCGUGUCUGUGCGAUUGGGCGAACACGACACUCGCACCGCCGUCGACUGCCCCGCCGGCGGAGGAAGUUGCGCCCCGGAGAGCCAGCGGCUGGGCUUCGAGGAGGUCCGCGUGCACGAGAAGUACAGCGAGAAGUCCCCCAACCAGCUGCACGACAUCGGGCUCGUCCGGCUGGACCGCAACGUCCGCUACUCGGACAGCGUGCGACCCAUCUGCCUGCCCUCGUCCGUGGGCGUGGAGCCGCGCCAGUCCGGCCAGCAGUUCACCGUGGCCGGGUGGGGCCGCACCCUGCAGACCGCCCGCAGUCCCGUCAAGCAGAAGGUGCUGGUCAACUACGUGGAGCCCGCCAAGUGCCGCCAGCGGUUCUCCCAGAUCAAGAUCGCCGUCGAGGCCACCCAGCUCUGCGCCGGCGGACAGUUCCGGCAGGACAGCUGCGACGGCGACUCCGGCGGACCGCUGAUGCGGUUCCGCGGCGACUCCUGGGUCCUCGAGGGCAUCGUCUCCUUCGGCUACAAGUGCGGCCUGAAGGACUGGCCCGGCGUCUACACGAACGUCGCGGCCUACGACAUCUGGAUCCGGCAGAACCAAAGGUCGAACUACUCGAACUACUCGAUGGCUACCGCGAACGCGCGGGAAAUUCAAACGCACGUGGAGCCGUGCCUAAAUCCCAACCAACGAGAUGGGUUCUGUGUGGACAUCAACCAGUGCACGACCUUCUGGAAUCGGGGAAGAGUCAGAACGCCAUCGGAGAGAAGGUUCUUGGAGGAGUCGAAGUGUGACCCCCAUAACCCACGCCAUGUCUGCUGCACCAUGGACACCGAUUUCUUUUCCGAUCUGUCCGUUUGCGGCGGAGAUCGCGUGAAACCCAAUAUUAUCACAGGCGUUCCUGCAGUCCGAGGAGAGUAUUCCUGGAUGGUUUUGCUGGAGUUCCUUGAAGAAGCGAUAAGGUGUUCGGGGAAUCUGAUCAACCCCAAGUAUGUUUUGACGGCAGCCCAUUGUCUGGACAAAUCACCAGUCUCCGUAAUAUUGGGCGUACAUGAAAUCCACGAUGUUAACAUUGUGCGAAUGGAAAUCGAAGAGAUUAAAAUCCACGAACGCUUUUCCUACUCAAGUGGCGAGAACGACAUUGGCCUAAUCCGCCUGACCGGAUCGGUUACCUAUACGGCCUACAUCCGACCUGCCUGUUUGCCUUCUUCUGUGGGUAGGAAGCAGUUGCAACCCGGCGACCAGUUAAGUGUGGCAGGAUGGGGAGCCACAGAAUAUACCGAUGAUCAGGGUAAAAGACUUAACAGCCGCAUAAAGCUUAAAACGCGGAUCAGCUACGCGGAUUGGGCCUUCGCCGCCGCUUCUUCUUGCCCAAACGAUCGCGUCUGUGCCUCCAGCCUACAGCCUCCAGCCCACAUCGGACCGCAUCUUACCGCUCCCAUGCUCCCCCCGGUCCUCCGACUAUGGGUGUUCUACGGCUGCCUAUACCGGCUCCUGGCCCUGGCCGCCGGCCUCCGGGAGUGCGAGAUCCCCAAUGAGGCCAAGAGGGGUGUCUGCCUGGAGGUCAGCAGGUGCGCGGCGUACCUGCAGGUGCGCAACGCCACCAACCUGCCGGCGGAGAAGGUGAACUUCCUCAAGAAGGUGCAGUGCGAGGCGGAGCAGCGGAACCCGGAAAAGGAAACGGAAGCAGGAACGGAAAAGGAAACGGAGAAGGAGGCGGAAGCGGAGGGAGCCUUUGAGUCGCUCGUCUGCUGCCCGGCCAACGGACAGGACUACCUCUUCCCCGUGCUGCAGUUCUCCAAGUUCGAGUACCGCCGCUUCCUGGACGUUACUGCCCGCUUCAAGCGCAAGAAGCUGAAGCGCCGGAUCCAAACCGUGGAGCCGAGCUCCGGAUUCAAUCUGCUGAACGAGUGCGGCAAGCAGGUGACCAACAGGAUCUACGGCGGGGAGAUCGCCGAGCUGGACGAGUUCCCCUGGCUCGCCUUGCUCGUCUACAACUCAAAUGACUACGGCUGCAGUGGAGCUCUGGUAGACGACCGCCACAUCCUGACAGCAGCUCAUUGUGUUCAAGGCGAAGGAGUGCGUGAUCGCCGGGGAUUAAAGCAUGUUCGCUUGGGAGAGUUCAAUGUGAAGACAGAACCCGACUGCAUCGAGGAGCCGAACUACUUGAGCUGUGCAGACGCCGCUCUGAAUAUUGGCUACGAAAGGAUCCACGUGCAUCCCGAGUACAAGGAGGUCUCCAACUACAAGCACAACGACAUUGCCAUCAUCCGGCUGAAACACCCCGUGUCCUUCACCCACUUUGUCAUGCCAAUCUGUCUGCCCAACAAAUCUGAGCCCCUGACCUUGCGGGAGGGUCAGAUGUUCUCCGUUUCCGGCUGGGGUCGCACGGAUUUAUUCAACAAGUACUUCAUCAACAUCCACAGCCCUAUUAAGCUGAAGCUGCGCAUCCCGUUCGUCUCGAACGAGAACUGCACCAAGAUCCUCGAGGGAUUCGGUGUUCGACUCGGUCCGAAGCAGAUCUGCGCCGGCGGGGAGUUCGCGAAGGACACGUGCGCCGGGGACUCCGGCGGACCGCUGAUGUACUUCGACCGCCAGCACUCCCGCUGGGUGGCCUACGGCGUGGUCAGCUACGGGUUCACCCAGUGCGGGAUGGCGGGCAAGCCGGCGGUGUACACCAACGUGGCCGAGUACUCGGACUGGAUCGAGAGCGUUAUCCAGCAGAGCUCCGGAAAGAGCCAACAGACGCAGGCCAGGCUGCCUUGACGUCAUUCAUUUGAUUUUCGGGGAAGCACAAUUGGCGCCUAAUUGCGGUGGGCGGCCAGUGGGGGCGGGGCAGCUGUUCUGCGUUCUGUGUUCUGAUACGCUUCAGAUCUGUUUACCCCACCCCUGAUAUUUGUACAUAUUUUGCUAAUUACCUAACAGCCAUCAACUAUUUGGUUAAGCGUGUGAGUGAGUGAGUGCGGAAUGCGAGUGGAUGUGGAUGUGCUAACAAAAGUCUGAAAAACAUGUUUCUAUUUAAAUAAACUACUGAAUAUUUA